AGCUUGCUGCAGCCCUCGUCGUCGCUGUAAUUACAAUGUGAUGUGCAUUUGUUUUUGUUAAUAAGAAUUGUCCGAUUAAACAUUUAGAUUAUCUGUUUUUAAACAAUGCGAUCACGGUGAUAUCGGUUCGUAAAGGUUUUACACACCGUGUGAUUUUGUUUCAGUGCGUUUUGUUGUUCGUUUCGUAAAUAAGUGGGCUUCAUUUUGCCCAAAAAAGACGGGAGCCCAGACAGCUGAUCACAGACUUUGGCUCACACCUGCUACAAAAAGAUAAUAUUUAUUCGAAAACCUGGCAUUCGGAUCGAAUUUAGCAGCUGCCAGCGUAUUUAUAUAAGAACAAUUUGAUUGAUUAUGGCGCUGCCCAGAAAACUGAUAUCCAAGAUCUACGAUAUAAAGGCACAUGAUAGCAGGGUCACGAGCCUUGAUCUUGGCGAAACUGGACGAGUGCUGGUCACCGGAGGAGAGGAUCGCAAUGUGAACCUCUGGGCGAUUGGUCAAAAUGAGUGCUUUAUGUCUCUGACGGGCCACAAUCGUUCCAUCGAUUGCGUGCGUUUUGCUUAUAAGGAUAACUUUGUCUACUCCGCCGACGACAUCGGUAUAAUCCGAAGAUGGGAUCUGAAUUCACAGAAAAUCUACUCCACGCUAAAUGGCCACAUGAAGAGUGUUCGCACUCUGGACUUUAACCCGUCUGGAGAAUAUGUGGUGUCCGGGAGCAAUGAUACCACCGUCAGGCUUUGGGACGUGCAGAACGAAAACAACUGCAUUAAGGUAUGUCGCGGCCACAUGUCCCACGUGAAUUCCGUAAAAUUCUCGCCGGAUGGUCUUUGGAUUGCCUCUGCUGGCCUGGAGGGUUCCAUACUCAUCUGGGACAUACGGAAGAGCAAACAGAUAAUGGAGUUCAUAGCCGAUCCGCCGGUUACGGCUAUCACAUGCGUGCAAUUCCAUCCGUUUGAGUUCCUGCUGGCCGCCGGUCGCGUCGAUGGCACCGUUUCCAUUUACGAUCUGGAACACCAGCAGCUCGUCUCGCAGACCACGCACUUCUAUGGCCAGGCCAUCAGGUGUAUAACCUUUAGUGACAAUGGCGAGUGCCUUUUUGUUGGCAGUUCUUCGGGCAUUUCGGUAAUUGGAUGGGAACCGGAUCGUGAGCUGGACCAUAUAAAAAGCACCUGGUCCUCCUUGGCGGACAUGAAAGUGGUCAACAAUAAGUUGAUCUGUGGUUGUCAUGAGAUCGACACCGUUUCAAUCAACACCAUCAGUCUGGAUCGAGUGAUACCAUUCUAUCAGCCGCCAAACUCACUACCCAACUUUAAGCACAACUCGACGAACCGAAAGAGCUUUACACGUGGCAACCAGAAGUUCAGGCUGUCAGUUGGCGGUGCCAAGCCGGCACAGGUGCAGGAGGAGCACGAGGGCGACAAGAGUGGAUUGUCCUCGCCCAACUAUAGUCUGGAGGUUGUGAACGAGGCGGUGCUGGAGUCGGCGGAGACUUCUCCAAUGUCCUCGUUGCCACCUGUCCACUUGGCUUCGAUGGCCGGAUCGUCGGCGGACUUGGCGCCGCAUCAUGUCGUAUAUGGCGGAGCAAUCGAUUCUGCCCUAAGGCAGGGUAAGUACUCCAGAGUGCCUGAUAAUAUGGCCAGCUAUGGCAGUAGUUACGGGGCCAUCGAUACCCGCCUGAUGUCCUUGAACGAACCCAGUUCACUGCACAAGCCGGACAUUUACAAUCUAUAUCCGCUGGACAAGAACGAGGAGGCGGAUGUGCAGCAGUUGGAGUUCAAUCUGAACGAUAGCAAUCCGCCAAUACUCAACAACUAUGAUAACUACGAAAUGGCCGAGGACUUUCCGGUCAAUCAGAACCUGAACUACAUUACCAAUAACUAUAAGCCAGUGCCCGCAACCUCCACGAUCAACGCCUCGUCCAAGUCGAUCAAGAAGACCACUACCACCACCCUGCACAAGAGGACAACGAACAACAUGGCCGGCGCGAAGCAGACGUCCACGGGCAUCUUUGGUGGCAGCAAGCUAAGCCAGGUCUCCUCGGUCAGCUCCAUGGAACUGCACAAGCUGGACGACAACAUGGUACUGAAAAAGUCCUCCUCCUCGAAUGUCGUCAACAAGAACAAGCGGCCAAUGGGCUCGGCCCAGAGUCAGUUCAGCAAGGAGAACAAUCAACAGAAAAAUAUCAAUGUGGAGAUCAUCACAAAGCCACCGAUGCGAUCCCGCACCACCCUGGAUAUGCGUACGUCGCACCAGGCUAAAACUCAGGAAAAGCAAAUUCACCAGCAGCAGCCAAUGAACAAUCGCAUUAUAAUGGAUGAUCACGACUUCGAUAUGCUCUCGAGAUCACACGAGGCUGUGCUGCAGGAGCUGAGCAAUCGUCAGUCUAGCCUGGAUUUGCUGCGGCACGCAACAAGGUCUCACGAUGUGCUGGGCGCAUUAAGGCAGGCAAGGAGCUGUGGCAAAUCCAUUUUCAUAGAUCUACUCGGAGCCAUACUGGAGAAACCGUCCUCGUGGAACUUGGACUUCUGCAUGUUUGUGCUGCCAGAGAUUUACGAACUCUUGCAAAGCCAACACAAGUUCCACUUUACGAGAGCCUGUGAUACCCUGCGUAUUAUAUUGUCGAACUUCUUGCCAACUAUACAGGAGAACCUCGAUUCCUGGGCCGCCAAUGGCCUGGGCGUCGAUGUGACACGCGAGGAUCGACAGAGGAAGUGCGCCGAGUGCCAGCGGUGGUUGUUGCAAAUCAAGAACCUGCCCGAGAGCACACACUUUGGGUCCACGCUGUCACAAUUACAAAACAUAAUUAUUUUCUAAGGGCAACGCAUAUCCAGCUGUAGAUGCUCCUCGGCGUUCAAAUCAGCUCUUGAACGGUACAAAGAUCGUCAACAAAAGAAAACCACCAGCUUCCCAAAGCCUGAUUACGAAAUCCAGUGUCCUGGGGAGUGGCCUCAUUUGUCGCUCUAAGCUGCCAAACUAAGGAAUUUUAAACAAUCGUUUCCGGAACAGCAGCUCUAAGACGAGCUCUUCCGAACGCUGUUUAUCCAACAUUAACAUUAACCUUUCGGCCAUCUAUUCAUCGUCAUGUUGCGAUGAAGUCAACUUGUGAACUAAGAAAGUUACGUAUGAUUUCUUUCGACACAAGCUAAUUUCAGCAGACCAUGAUGAUUGAAAAAUGGGCCUUAGUUAUUUAAUGAUUUGUAAUAUUAAUUUGUUAUGCAAACUAAUUUAUAUAAUAAUUAUUUACCUAUACCUAAGUCCCAAAAUUUGAAAAUAUAUAAAAGAAAACAU